AUGGACACUCAAUUCCUUGACCAUUCGUCGUCAUGGAUCCUAAUCCAUACUCACAUUGGUCACAAUCACCCGCCCAACCCUAAUGUGAAACCUUGGAAGAGGCACAUCGAUCCCAAAGCUGGACCCAUCCUUGCUCCAGGUGUCGUCCUUGACGCCAACAUCAAAACAACUACUCAGUCAACAGCCAAUGUGACUUCAAAUCUAUCGAAAAAACCUGCCUCCACACCUGAAGGAUCUAUUUGCAGGUUGAUCAACCACCCUGAGCCCCAUGUAGAGAUACAAACACUUAUAACCACCACCACCACGGAAUCACUGAAACCAAAAAAUAACUUCGAACUGCCUGACGCCAAUGCACGGCUUCCUGAAACCCUCCAUGUUACUACCGCUACGCCACUGUACUACGACAUCAAAGCUGACCUCAAGACGCUUGAGACGUUGGAUUCCACCAUCUCGAAGCUCAGAGGUGAACUCUGCGCUAUGGCCCCACAUCGUCGGCAGGCGGUCCUAAUGAAGAUCCAAACGAUCAUCAGUAAUGAACGCAUGGUCAACAAUGAACAUAAAUUACCAAUGUCCUUCUUACCUGAACCCCCUGAGCCGAAUCUUCUUUACAACUUGGUCAAUGAAACUCCAAUGUCACCUUACAUAUCACCAGUACCCGCCGAUUGGGAAGAACUUUCAGUCAAGAGCCUCAUUGAAGACUUCUGUGGACCAUCCGAAGCUACAACAUCGACGUUCAACUUUGAAGACCUCAUAAUAUCUCAGCCCUCACUUGAUGAUGCUAACAACCGGCUGAAAUCCAAGUUACUAUUACCUCCUACUUCACCUCCUACAACAACACUUGAGAACCAAACCAACGAACCACCACUCUCGGAAACACAACAUCUGGCUCAAGACAUUCAUUACCCAAAUCAAAUUGCUUUAUUACAACCUGAAGCAUCUGUGACGUCCCCCACCCCGCACCCAGUACCAUUGUUAGGAACUUUAUUACCACCAACUCCUAGUCCUUGGGUCACACGUAAAUGUGCCCGCGAGGCUGCGCUGUUACACAAGCCCAGCGUAAUCAAUCCAAAUCUACGGGCGCUCCUGGCAAAGUACCGGCUUCACUCAUGGCUGGAACCCUUUGUUAUUGACGUGCAAGAAGUGAAAGCAGAUGGCCACUGCGGUUUCCGAGCCAUAGCAAUCUGCAUAGGCGAAUCCCAGGACAAAUGGCCCAGCAUACGUCAAAGGAUUGCCGAUACAGCAACCAGCAUUGAUGAUGACCGCCUCUUACCCGAGAAUUGGGAUGAUGCCAUUACUCGUCUGAUCACAAACAAACCCAACGUUCUCACCGACCAACAGCAUUGGCUUGGAAUGCCCAGUUGGGGUGGGGUGAUAGCCACUACAUUUGAUCGCCCUGUCUUGUACUACGAACCUGACACUUAUAGUCAGAUGGUUUUUCCCUACUUCACUGCUCACAAUCUUAACCCUCCCAUUGUUCUGCCUUCGCCGACUGAUUUCACAAAACCAAACUUCCCAGCUCCACGUCCCUGUGCAACCUGGCGACAAUUUCAUAAAAACGAAGCCUCAAGUUGGUUUGAUUUGUGGAAACCUCUAAUUGAAUAUCAUGCGGAUUAUUUAAAAGGUCUUAACAAAAGAAGACGCCAAAAAAAAAGAUAUUUGUAUUCACAUUGA